AUGGAUCGCGGGGCGGGCGCAGCUGACGGGGGCGUCCCGGCCAGCCCCCUUCCAGAGUUGCUGCUCGGCUUCUGUCCGUACACUGUCUUGGGAAUAUCCCCGCCCGAAGAAAAGUCUGCGCGACUCCCCUCUGGAAGUGCGACUGCUGCUACACCUGUUGCUGUCAGCGCAUCGGCUGCGUUUUUCGCGUCGGUGACCCUGAAGACUUUGGCGUCGUCUUACAGGCGGGCGGCGCUGCGGGCGCAUCCAGAUAAAAAUCGAGGCCGGGAGACGCAGGCAGCCGAGGAAUUCGUUCGCAUACAGGCUGCGUAUUCCUUCCUUUCUUGUGAAAAGAAUAGGGCGGCGUAUCACGCCUUUCUGGAGAGCCGCGAGCGCCACGAGGCUCUCCUGGCCGACCGGCGUCGCCGCGGACUCCAGGCGGACGAGAAGAAGAGGAAAUUUGCGGAAGAUUUGAAGAGGAGGGAAGAAGCCUUUGCCCAGUCGCAGAGAGACGCGAAGGAAGCAGAGAGAGGCGCUCGCGCGCGAGCAGAUUUUGAGAAGGACCGACUGCAACGCGUGCGAGAGAGAAACGAAAAGAUCCUGGAGGAACAUCAAGAGAAACUAAAUGCCAGACAUGCGCAGCAAACUCAAGCUGCCAGAGAGGCCUCGGCAGCUUUCUUCCAUCAGAAGCCGCGUUUUGCAGGAGGCGGUCAACCGUGGGAUGUGUUUGAUUUUAAGCGAAGAAAAGUGCAAGAAAGCCACGCAGAUUUCGACGCGCAGCGCCCCAUUUCCGCUCCUGCCAGGAAUGGUGAAGCUGAGGACGCGGACGAUAUCGAAGAUAUCCUCACACGGUCGGUGUAUGUACACUGGGCAGUUGAGGCACCGGGGGCAGAUGGAGAAACGCGAGCAGAGAAAUCAGGUUCCUCUUCGAACCCCGGUUCGCCAGAGAAUGAACAAGGCGAGGCACCGAGUGCUGCCGUCACUCCCACUCUUCUCUCUGCUCUGUUCAUUCCGCUCCAUGCUCUCUAUAUAUACGGAUAUACCGCAGAGAAGGGCUACGCCUUGGUCGCCUUCGCAACCCGAGAGCGUGCGCUGGAGAGCGCCCUCGAGUUUCAGCAACAGCAGAAGCAGACUCGAAGAGGGCUAGGCAGUGGGAAGAAGAAACCCCCGAGACUUCGGGUGAAGAUCGCUGAUCAGGUUGAGCACUUGAAGGAGCGACUGUCGGCGCUUCAAGAAGACGCGGAUGUUGCUGGAGCGGAAUUUGCGCGCGUUGCUGCCGAUGCCGCGAAGAAAAGAGCAGACGGCGAAACGCCGAGUGCGAACUCUAGAGGGUUUGCGGAUCCGGCACAAGAAGCCACGCAAGCGCCCGACUUGAGAUCCGCUCCAACCAUGUCAGCACGGGGAACGCCCGAGCCUGCACAGGCUCCGCCUUUUUUCCCUUCGCCUCCUGCGGUCAUGACGCCGACGUCGCUGGCCGAGUUUGAAGCGGCGACGCUCCAGCAACUGAGGCUGGCCGCCGCAAAGCGGAAAGCCUUGCAAGCGGCGCAGCAACAGGACGCGAAUGGAGCUGGACCGCCUCCUGGGGUCGGAGGAUGA